AGUCAUUAUGAUUACCAGUCAAAAUUCAAAUUCCUCCAACAGAAUCUUUAAAUACUGUUUUGGCGAGAGUUCACUGAUUCACUCAAGCUGCAACUGCACUACCAUCAUCAAUGGCUCCGGCGAGAAACCACCGUCCACUCAUCUUGUUCCUUCUCGUCCUCAUCCUCGCCCUCGUGACACCGUCGCUGGCGCAAUGUGAAUCUGAUACCGUUGAUCGGAAAUGCCAUGACAAGGAAAAAUCGUUGAAACUGAAAAUCAUUGCCAUUUGUUCGAUUUUAUUUGCGAGUGCGGUUGGGGUAUGCUUGCCGCUACUUUCACGGUUAGCGCCGGUGCUUCACCCCAACGGGAACUUAUUCUUGCUGGCUAAGGCAUUUGCCUCCGGCGUUAUACUGGCGACUGGGUACAUGCACGUGCUGCCGGAUUCUUUCAACGACUUGAUGUCGCCGUGUUUACCGGAGAAUCCAUGGAGGAAGUUCCCUUUCACAACAUCGUGGCAAUGCUGUCGGCUGUGGAGUGACAGAGUGGAAAAGCAAAACCGAGAUAUGGAGAAUUUUGGACAUGACCAGAGUAAUAAAGGUCACAGGGAAUCCGAGCAAGAAUCAGAGUCACUAAUGCGGCAUCGUGUUAUUGCUCAGGUGCUAGAGAAUGGGGCUUGGUGGAUGCAUACUGCAGGAAUUGCCCUGUCGAAUGUGUACGGUGAGACCAGCCCAACAGCACUCAUUGUGGUGGGGAUCCUAAAUGCUUGCUCAGCUGGGCUGCUGAAUUACAUGGCAUUGGUAGAUCUCUUAGCAUCUGAUUUUAUGGGGCCUAAGCUUCAAGGGAGUAUGAAGCUCCAGAUGCGGGCAUAUGUUGCAGUCUUACUAGGUGCAGGGGGCAUGUCACUGAUGGCUAAAUGGGCUUAGUAAAUCCAAGGACAUGUAUAUAUCGUAAUCCCCAUGCAGUUUUGUUCAAUAAUAUCUUCUACUUCUAUAGUUUCCCUUCAUUAGAGAAUUGUUUCUAUUAUUGUAAUAAACACUGACAGAACUU